CACCGUCGCCGCGUUUAGGGACGAGAGUCUGCACCCGCGCCGCCGCUGACAGGAGGAUCGCCGCGAGCUGCGCUUGCCCGCCUCGAGGCCCCGCCGCGCCUUUCCGGGGCGCAGAUCCACCGCGGGCGUCGGAGCGCAGCGAGGUGCUCUGGGAAUCGCGGGCGGCGCCGGCGGGCGGCGCGGUCCUCCCUGGAGAUCCCGGGGACCGGGGCUUGACCCCGAGGUGCAGAGAGCUCCUCAGUGUGGCAGUUUUGUGAGUAUUAGAAUAGCACAACCAUGUUUCGGAACAGCCUCAAGAUGCUUCUUACUGGAGGGAAAUCAAGUCGUAAAAACAGAUCAAGUGAUGGAGGGAGCGAGGAGCCACCGGAUCGAAGACAGUCAAGUGUAGACUCUCGCCAAAGCCGCUCUGGGCAAGGUGGCAUCUCCACAGAAGGCGACUGUGCUUUUGAGCCAGACUACGCCGUCCCACCACUUGCAGUGAGUGAAGGUAUGCAGCACAUUCGGAUUAUGGAGGGCAUGUCUCGCUCUCUUCCGUCCUCCCCCUUACUCACACAUCAGUCUAUCAGUGUUCGGCUCCAACCUGUGAAGAAGUUAACUGCCCCUCUGAGGAAGGCAAAGUUUGUUGAGAGCCCACGAAUUCCAGAAUCCGAGCUUGGCUCACCAACCCUCGCUUCAGCUCAGAAACUGGACGUGGAUGCAUACUGUCCUGGUGAUGCUGAACAGGAACUUGGUCCCCCUCCGUCAGUAGAUGAAGCAGCAAACACACUCAUGACUCGUCUGGGUUUCCUUCUCGGAGAGAAAGUGUCGGAAGUUCAGCCAGGGGACCAGUACAGCAUGGAAGUGCAGGAUGAAAAUCAGACCUCAGCAGUCACCCAGAGGAUAAGUCCCUGCUCCACCUUGACGAGCAGCACCGCCUCCCCUCCAGCCAGCAGCCCCUGCUCCACCCUCCCGCCGGUCAGCACGAGUGCCACGGCCAAGGAGUGCAGCUACGGGGCUGUUACUAGUCCAACCUCCACCCUCGAAAGCAGAGACAGCGGCAUUAUUGCUACUUUGACAAGCUAUUCUGAAAACGUGGAACGCACAAAAUAUGUUGGGGAAAGCAGUAAAGAAUUAGGAUCUGGAGGAAACCUAAAACCUUGGCAGUCUCAGAAAUCCAGCAUGGAUUCCUGUUUGUAUCGAGUGGAUGAAAACAUGACGGCUUCCACCUAUAGUCUGAAUAAGAUCCCCGAGAGGAACUUGGAAACCGUUUUAUCGCAGUCAGUCCAGUCUAUUCCUCUGUAUCUUAUGCCACGGCCGAAUUCGGUAGCAGCCACAAGCUCUGCCCACUUGGAGGACCUCGCUUACCUGGAUGAACAGAGACAUACACCUUUGAGAACUUCUCUUCGAAUGCCGAGGCAGAGCAUGGGCGGUGCUCGCGCACAGCAGGAUCUGAGAGUUCACUUUGCACCUUACAGGCCUCCAGAUAUCUCCCUGAAGCCUCUACUCUUUGAAGUGCCCAGCAUCACUACAGAGUCGGUGUUUGUUGGCCGGGAUUGGGUUUUCCAUGAAAUAGAUGCUCAGCUUCAGAGUUCAAAUGCCAGCGUGAACCAAGGAGUAGUGAUCGUGGGAAACAUUGGGUUCGGCAAAACUGCCAUCAUCUCCAGACUGGUGGCCCUCAGCUGCCACGGAACACGGAUGAGACAGAUCGCCUCAGACAGCCCACACGCCUCCCCCAAACAUGUGGACGCCAACAGAGAGCUGCCACUCACACAGCCACCCUCAGCCCACUCGUCCAUCCCCAGUGGAAGCUGCCCAGGGACCCCAGAAAUGCGCAGGCGGCAGGAGGAGGCCAUGCGGAGAAUAGCCUCACAGGUGGUUGCCUAUCACUACUGCCAAGCAGAUAAUGCCUACACCUGCCUGGUACCGGAGUUUGUCCACAACGUCGCCGCCCUGCUCUGCCGCUCACCUCAGCUGGCCGCCUAUCGGGAGCAGCUUCUCCGGGAGCCGCAUUUACAGAGCAUGCUGAGCCUUCGGUCUUGUGUUCAAGACCCCAUGGCCUCCUUCCGGAGGGGGGUCCUGGAGCCCCUGGAGAAUCUCCACAAAGAGAGAAAAAUCCCAGAUGAAGAUUUCGUCAUCUUAAUUGAUGGAUUAAAUGAAGCAGAAUUUCACAAACCGGAUUAUGGGGAUACAAUUGUGUCAUUUCUGAGUAAAAUGAUUGGAAAAUUUCCUUCUUGGCUCAAACUAAUUGUCACAGUUAGGACCAGUUUACAGGAGAUUACCAAGCUGCUGCCUUUCCAUAGGAUUUUUUUGGAUCGACUAGAAGAGAAUGAAGCCAUAGACCAGGACCUGCAGGCUUACAUCCUGCACCGGAUACACAGCAGCUCAGAGAUCCAGAAUAACAUUUCACUUAAUGGCAAAAUGGACAACACUACAUUUGGCAAACUCAGUUCUCAUCUCAAGACCCUCAGUCAGGGGUCCUAUCUUUACCUGAAACUCACAUUUGACCUCAUAGAGAAAGGUUAUCUAGUGUUAAAGAGCUCUAGCUACAAAGUAGUUCCUGUCUCACUCUCUGAGGUUUAUUUACUCCAGUGCAAUAUGAAGUUCCCAACCCAGUCUUCCUUUGACCGGGUGAUGCCUCUCCUGAAUGUGGCAGUGGCCUCCCUGCACCCACUGACUGAUGAACAUAUCUUCCAGGCCAUCAAUGCGGGUAGCAUUGAAGGCACCCUAGAAUGGGAGGAUUUUCAGCAGAGAAUGGAGAACCUCUCCAUGUUCCUAAUCAAGCGCAGAGACAUGACUCGUAUGUUUGUACAUCCUUCUUUUCGAGAAUGGCUUAUCUGGAGAGAAGAAGGAGAGAAAACCAAAUUUCUCUGUGAUCCCAGGAGUGGUCACACGUUACUCGCUUUCUGGUUUUCCCGCCAAGAAGGAAAACUAAACCGACAGCAGACUAUAGAGCUGGGACAUCACAUCCUCAAAGCACACAUUUUUAAGGGUUUGAGUAAAAAGGUUGGUGUGUCAUCUUCCAUCCUCCAAGGUCUCUGGAUCUCCUAUAGCACAGAAGGUCUUUCCAUGGCAUUGGCAUCUUUACGAAAUCUCUACACUCCAAAUAUAAAGGUCAGCCGACUGCUGAUCUUGGGAGGUGCCAACAUUAAUUACCGGACAGAGGUUUUAAACAACGCUCCAAUUCUGUGUGUCCAGUCUCAUCUUGGUUACACAGAAAUGGUGGCCCUGCUGUUGGAAUUUGGGGCCAACGUGGAUGCCUCUUCUGAAAGCGGCCUGACUCCUCUGGGCUACGCCGCGGCGGCAGGCUACCUGAGCAUCGUCGUGCUGCUGUGCAAGAAACGCGCCAAGGUGGAUCAUUUGGACAAGAAUGGGCAGUGCGCGUUGGUCCAUGCUGCACUCCGAGGUCAUCUGGAGGUUGUCAAGUUUCUGAUUCAGUGUGACUGGACAAUGGCCGGCCAGCAGCAAGGAGUAUUUAAGAAGAGCCACGCCAUCCAGCAGGCCCUGAUUGCUGCAGCCAGCAUGGGCUACACUGAGAUUGUCUCGUACCUACUUGAUCUUCCAGAAAAAGAUGAAGAGGAAGUAGAGCGGGCACAGAUCAACAGUUUUGACAGUCUCUGGGGAGAGACAGCGCUGACAGCGGCAGCCGGAAGGGGCAAACUGGAGGUAUGUCGUCUGCUCCUGGAACAGGGGGCAGCAGUGGCCCAGCCAAACCGCCGCGGGGCAGUGCCCCUGUUCAGCACUGUCCGCCAGGGCCACUGGCAGAUCGUCGAUCUUUUACUCACGCACGGAGCUGACGUCAACAUGGCAGACAAGCAGGGUCGUACCCCACUGAUGAUGGCCGCCUCUGAAGGCCAUCUAGGAACUGUGGACUUUCUGCUUGCACAAGGUGCCUCCAUUGCUCUCAUGGACAAAGAAGGACUGACAGCCCUCAGCUGGGCUUGUUUGAAGGGUCAUCUCUCAGUAGUACGUUCUCUGGUGGAUAGUGGUGCUGCUACAGACCAUGCCGACAAGAACGGCCGCACCCCACUGGAUCUGGCAGCUUUCUAUGGAGAUGCCGAGGUGGUCCAGUUCCUGGUGGACCACGGGGCCAUGAUCGAGCACGUUGACUAUAGUGGAAUGCGCCCUUUGGAUAGGGCUGUGGGGUGCCGGAACACUUCCGUUGUUGUCACUCUUCUGAAGAAAGGAGCCAAGAUAGGUUGUCAGACGUUACCGAGUCGCCCACGAGGUCCAGCCACAUGGGCGAUGGCCACCUCCAAACCAGACAUCAUGAUCAUCCUGUUGAGCAAGCUGAUGGAAGAGGGGGACAUGUUUUAUAAGAAAGGUAAAGUAAAGGAAGCUGCCCAGCGCUACCAGUACGCUCUGAAGAAAUUCCCUAGAGAAGGGUUUGGUGAGGACUUGAAAACCUUCCGGGAACUAAAGGUGUCUCUCCUCCUCAACCUCUCUCGCUGUCGCAGGAAAAUGAACGAUUUUGGAAUGGCGGAGGAAUUUGCUACUAAGGCCUUGGAGCUGAAACCGAAAUCUUAUGAAGCUUACUAUGCGAGAGCAAGGGCCAAACGCAGCAGCAGACAGUUUGCAGCAGCCUUAGAGGAUCUGAACGAGGCCAUCAAGCUCUGUCCAAACAACCGUGAGAUCCAGAGGCUCCUGCUGCGAGUGGAGGACGAGUGUCGCCAGCUGCAGCCGCCGCCGCCGCCGCCUCAGCAGCCGCCGCCGCCGCUCCCGGAAGAAACAGAACCCGAAGCGCAGCACGAAGAUGCGUACUCUGUACAGGAUAUGUUCGAGGAGGAGUACCUGGAACAGGAUGUUGAAAAUGUCUCCAUUGGCCUCCAGACUGAGGCUCGGCCCAGUCAGGGGCUCCCGAUAAUCCAGAGCCCGCCCUCCUCCCCCGCCCAUCGGGACUCAGCCUACAUCUCCAGCUCCCCGCUCGGCUCGCAUCAGGUGUUUGACUUCCGGCCCAGUAGUUCUGUGGGCUCUCCCACCAGACAGAGCUACCAGUCCACUUCACCCGCGCUUUCUCCAACUCACCAGAACUCUCACUACAGGCCCAGCCCACCGCACACGUCCCCAGCCCACCAGAGCGGGUCUUACCGCUUUAGCCCCCCUCCCGUGGGAGGGCCGGGCAAGGAAUAUCCAAGCCCUCCUCCGUCCCCCCUCCGCAGAGGCCCUCAGUAUCGGGCCAGCCCUCCAGCUGAGAGCAUGAGCGUCUAUAGGUCCCAGUCAGGCUCUCCCGUGCGCUAUCAGCAAGAAACAAGUGUCAGUCAGCUUCCUGGCAGACCCAAAUCUCCGCUAUCCAAAAUGGCCCAGCGGCCCUAUCAGAUGCCUCAGCUUCCUGUGGCUGUUCCCCAGCAAGGGCUCAGGCUACAGCCUGCCAAGGCCCAGAUUGUGAGAAGCAACCAGCCCAGCUCGGCAGUUCAUUCAAGCACUGUCCUCUCCACGGGGGCCUAUGGCCAAGUAGCCCACUCAAUGGCUAGUAAAUACCAGUCUUCACAAGGAGACGUGGGAGUAAGUCAGAGCCGGCUGGUUUAUCAAGGGUCAAUUGGGGGGAUUGUAGGGGACGGGAGGCCCGUGCAGCACGUCCAGGCCAGCCUGAGCGCAGGUGCCAUCUGUCAGCACGGAGGGUUGACCAAAGAAGACCUUCCACAGCGACCUUCCUCUGCAUAUCGAGGUGGCAUGAGAUACAGCCAGACUCCACAGAUUGGCCGUAGCCAGUCCGCGUCCUAUUACCCGGUCUGUCACUCAAAGCUAGAUCUAGAGCGCUCCUCCAGCCAACUAGGUUCCCCUGAUGUGUCACAUUUAAUCAGAAGACCUAUUAGUGUCAACCCUAAUGAAAUCAAACCCCACCCACCGACUCCCAGGCCACUGCUGCAUUCCCAAAGCGUAGGCCUCCGCUUCUCUCCAUCUAGCAAUAGUAUCUCAUCAGCCUCCAACCUCACUCCUACCUUCCGGCCAUCUUCCUCAAUUCAGCAAAUGGAGAUCCCACUAAAACCGGCGUAUGAUAGGUCAUGUGACGAGCUGUCACCAGUGUCUCCCACUCAGGGAGGCUACCCCAGUGAGCCCACCCGAUCCAGGACCACACCAUUCAUGGGGAUCAUAGAUAAAACAGCCCGGACUCAACAGUACCCCCACCUUCACCAGCAGAAUCGGACCUGGGCCGUGUCGUCCGUGGAUACCGUUCUCAGUCCCACGUCUCCAGGCAACCUGCCUCAGCCUGAGUCCUUCAGUCCACCUUCAUCCAUCAGCAACAUUGCCUUUUAUAACAAAACCAACAAUGCACAGAAUGGCCAUUUGCUGGAGGACGAUUAUUACAGCCCCCAUGGGAUGCUGGCUAACGGGUCCCGCGGAGACCUCCUGGAGAGAGUCGGCCAGGCCUCCUCAUACCCCGACGUGAAGGUGGCGCGGACCCUCCCUGUGGCUCAGGCAUAUCAGGACAACCUGUACCGGCAGCUGUCCCGGGACUCUCGACAAGGGCAGACGUCCCCUAUCAAACCAAAGAGACCAUUUGUGGAGUCUAAUGUUUAAAAGACGUUUGUUGGAGUGAGACCCAUAUGUUUUCACUGCACAUCUUCAGGCUUGGUUUCCACAUCCGAGGUAGUUCUCUGGCUUAAUUUCUCAUGCAGUUUCUGUGUGGUGUCAGAGGUGGCGGCCCACGUGCUGGAGUCCUUUGCAUGCAGCCGACUGGGAAGCUGGCCUCCGGCGGGCCAGGACUUCGGUUUCUCCCGUCUGUGCCCCAGCCACCUGCUCUCUCCCUCUCUUCCGCUGCCAGCGGGGAGAUUGUUGUGCCGUGUGCUUUAACCCAGGGAGAUCAGACACACUGGUCAGCUUUUUCCAGGAGACAAUCGCUUUCACUGAUGUUCUUGUUGUGUAAAUGUCUUUCUCCUUUUUUACAAAGAUGUUCUUCUUGUUCGUUUUCUUCUAGGAACUUUAGAAGGAGUAUGACGCCCCUUUGCCUUUGCAUUCUUCUCCAGUGUUAUCCAAAUAGCCAACCCCAGUGCAUUCUUGUGCCAUGGUGUCCUCCCCUGGACUGCCAGCUCCCCGCAGUUAUCAGGUCUAGAAUGUUCAUUUAGAUUAUUGCUGGUCUUCCUACAGGGGCAAAAGGAUCAAGGAGAAAGAGAAGAAACAGGUCUAUGAAAUUAGAAGGGAAAAAAACAAUUUAAUUAUUUUAAAUGUCACUUAUAUUGAUUUUCCAAGAAGCGUUUUACAAAUAUUUAGAGAACAACCAGCCCUUUAAAUAUUUCACUCAGCCAAGGAAAUUGGAGGAGAAUCAUAGAUAUUUUUAAAUAAUCCACUGAGAGUUAUUCUUUAAGUUUUUAGCCAACAAUUAACUAUUAAAAGCUAUUGAUUUUCCAUGGGGUGGGGGGGAUACAUAAAUAUAUAUAAAGAGGAAGGAAGACUGUUCUGGAUUCUCAGUCAGAGGCUAUCGAAAACCUAUUGUCUCGGAGAAGGCUACUUUUCCUGGUAUGUCACCGAGUCUCGUAUCUCACAAAAGCAAACUCUUCCCAAAGUUUGGUACAGUGGUCCUGUCAGGUCUGCAUCUGGAGCCACAUUGUGUCCUGCUGGCCCUCUUCCUUUUAAAGCCACAUGGUGCAGAGAAGAAAUUGGUUCUUUGAGAAGCAAAUUGAAUUCUCUUGGGGCCACAAGACUUUAUUCUUAGAGUUUGCCCCCAGGACCGUUGCACCCCAUGCCAGGGGUCACCUGAUUCUGUUUCAAGAUCUAAGUUUCAUUUUCUAUUCACUCUAGGAAUUGUUUCUUCAUUUCUUUCUCUAGGUAGGUGUGUUUGGGGAGCAAUCUCUGAAAACCAGGCACAGCGAAGUGUUUCAGGGACCAGCAGACCCCUUUCAGGUCUGGGUGGGGGCGCAUGAGAUAGACAGCAGGUCCUCUGACCCCGUGGUUACCCUCCGCGCUUCUUCUGUGUCUCGAGGUCGUUUGCUGACCUGUCCUUUGCAUGACUGAGGCCAGCACAAGAUGGACAGCAAGAACACUGAAACCAAAGCCUUACCACGGGCCUGGUACUGACUGCGCAGCACCUCCUAGAACUUCAGAAGCUGAACAACAGAGAAUCAGCUCUCUGUUACUAGGAAUCAUUCUGCUCUUGUGAGUAAAGGGCUAUAGGAAGGGCAGUUUCCUGAAUAAAAACCCAGAUGUGACCAGACCUGUUUGUCACAGUAAGUGUCCUCUGAAAGUAUCACUAAGACCUGGGGAGCAUGAGGCUGAGAUCAGAAACCUUUCUCUACCAAUUUAGAUUCUGCCGAAUAGAUGGACCCUCGGCCCCCAAGCCUGACACAGCCCAGGACUUGUCUCGGUGCCAGCCCAAUACCCAGAUUCCUUCCACUCUGUCUGAUGCCCAGGGACUGUCUCCCACUCAGACCAGGGUGGGCGCCAGUGUCUUGUCCCUUCCCUUCCCUUCCCCCUCUCUCUCCCAUCUAGACGGUGAGGUGUACAGCUGUAGCAUCGGCCGGCAGCCGGGAGCCUGGCUCCCGCUCUGUCCAGGCCUCUGCCCUGCGGGGCCCUUCGCAUCUCAUGCUUCCUCCCCACCUCUCACUGAGGAGCUGCUGCUACAUUCUGGAAAAUGUCUGUGUCAGUCAGGAAAGUGCCCCAGUGUGUCUGGAAUGCCACACACACACCACCUGCGCGCAGCCGUCAGGUGAGCAAGCAGGUUCUGCAUCUCCCAGACAUGCCACUGAUGUCGCUUGUCCCCAGGGUCUCUCUCGGCUUUCCUGGACAAACCGGAGAUUUAGGGUCUAUGCCUUAUUGGGCAAAACACUUAAAACAGUCAAAAUGCAAUUCUCUUUUUAGCCAUUGUAAGAGGGAGUGAAUAUCACUACUGGGCGCCAGUUGAGUUUGACUAGAAAAUGCCGACUGGACCUGACUGGGGGCAGGAGAGCGUUUUUUCUUGUCCAGCCGACUGCCCGUGCCCUGUUGCGCUACUUCACUGCCAUGGGGUGAUCCUAGUACUGUAUCUUGAGACGCCCUCUCCCCCAGCAGCACUCGCUGAGGCAAUGUCUGGCUUCCGGUGGGGGCGGUUUUUCAGAUGAAACUGGUAAGUUCCACUCACCCAAUUCACAUCACCCUGAAAUGGAGACAGUGGUAACAAACUUCAGCCUCUAGGUUUCUCACCAAAUUGUACGUUUCGUUCACCCAGAAUCCUUGCACUAAUGGGUUUCCAUCACAUCAUGUCUAUAAAUGGGUGCACUUUACUGUUUGAAUUUGUAACUCUGACAAAUACUGGCUAUUUAAGUGUGCGUAAUGUCUUCAUUAGAAAAUAGGAGAAUCGCUCUUGUCUCUUAGUGUAUCUUUCAAGGGAAAAACAAGGAAAGAAAUCAAGCAGUGGAUCACAACAUUUAUAGCACAAGAAACAACUGUUGUAUAUAAGCAUCAAGAGGAUUAAGAAUUUUUAAAUACAAAACCUAUUUGCAGUGAUUUUAAAGUGCUUUUCCAGCAAUUUUCUUAGGGACUCCUGAGACACGGUUACUUUAUUUACUGGAUCAGUAAGGCACACAAUUAACAAUUAAAAAUUAAUGUUUAUUUACAAAGUAAAGGGAAAACCUGUGUAACAUGAGAAUCUGGCAUGGACAAAAUGGAGACCAUUUUGUAUCUGCUGUUGUGUCUUGUCCGGGUUGCAGACGCGCACUAUUAAAGCCCCAAGUUAAGAGAGCACAAACCCUUCUUGUUCGUCUCCCACGCGCCCCUCUUUCUGGAUGUGUUUAACUUUAACUCGAAGGCUCAGGAAAAUGCCACUAAUUAGAAUCAUGUACAGUACCCCAGGUCGUUGUCCAGAGAUACAAGUUUGCUAACUUAGUUAAGCCUGGAUUAUUAAACACUUUUCCUAAAUUACUGUAAACAGAACAGCCUAGAGAAAGGUAUUCUCAGCCCUUAUAUUGUAUAGUAGUUUAUGAACCCCUCUCUAAAUAUUGGUAUUUUUAUAUUCCAGAGAUGUACCCAAUAGAAAAAUUAACCAGUAUCUAAUUUAAUAUCCAUAAGUAUUUUCCUUAGAUUUUAGUCAUAUACAGUGGGUCAUGUGGAGGUCACCUUGCUUCAACCAUAUUCUGCCACUAGGGGUCACUGUGGCUCUGCACCAGGCUCGUCUGGAGGCGAAGCCCGGCAGCGAGUCCUCCCUCUGGAGGGCGCUUCCAGGGCGACAGGCAGGCCCAGAGGGUUCAGAAAGGAGGGGACAAAGGCCUGGAGAGGGGUCUUCGGGCAUCUGUGCCAGAUGUGGCAAGAUAAGCUCUCUGAACACUACCUGCUUUGGACCUUCCGCCAGGCAGAGGCCCAGAAAAUGUUAACUAGAACGCCCUUGCUCUGGUGGCUGGGUGGGGAUGAGGAAGACUCCUCUGUGCCCCAUGAGCUCCCCUCUCAGUUCCUCUUGGCCUCCAACUUUUGCAAUUCCAGAGAUGUCACAGUUGGGUGGUUUGAUUCAAAAAUAGUUAUUUUUCUACUGCAGAAAUGCCUUGGACAAAACCAGUUGCUCACUGAAUCUUUGCCACAAAAUGGAACAGGCUCCCCAGGGGGGGCAGGGCGUCCCCUCCCUGCCCCAGCUUCUCCCACCCUGUCUGUCUGCCCUCGGGCUGCCCACUUCUCACGGAAGCCGACUUGCAAAGGCAGCCUGCUGCUGCUUCCACACCGAGGCCCGUGCCGCCCCCGGGGCGUGCAUGUUGGGAGGUGUGGCUUUUUCUCCUUUUCCUCUGGAAUUCCAGACUGACCAUCUACCAUGACUAACAACAGUGAACAAAAAGGGCUUAGGGGUAAGAGCUACCUACAAAGACGUGUCAUGGAAACCUUCACCAUGCAAUGCCUUGAAUUCAGCUCUGGCUGCUCCCAAGAAAAGGUGGCUGGCUGGGGGCCUGGACACAAGCACAACGGGGAUGGUGGAGCCACUGUGCGGAGCUGCUUGAAUAAUCACUGGGUCUUCAUCAACUCCUCUUAUCACACAGACCACUCAAGGGCUGAAGUGCUGGUAACCUGCAUUUCGGUGUCCAAUGCCUCACAGCUGCUGAACCCCCCUGAGAUGCUUGUGGCCACGUGAUGGCCACAGUCAGAGCUUUGAAAGUCAGUACCAAAUGAAUGCAUAAUUGGACACCAAAAAUCAAGUGUUACUUCAUGUUUCCUCACCCAUCCCAUCUCACUUCUUCCUGCUGACUCUGAGGAUCCCCACUAAGCUGACCUGUCAGGUUUAGCUGAAUGCGCAUAGGUGCAGGCCAGCCUCGCUCUUGUUUUUCAGACAGACCUACUCUGUGGACAGGAAGGAGCUAGCUGCUUUGGUUUUGUAGCACUUACUGGCUGGAUUUUUCUUUUGCCUAAUCACUAACCAGAACACCUGGUUAGGGGGACUCAACUAAUCCCUUUGGUCCCCAGGACCAGACAGAGAGUUAAUUCUGGAAAAUUCAGUACUUGAAUGUACCUGCCUUAUUGUGUACCAGCUUACUGGAAAAAAGAUAGAAAAGCCGGCUCCAGAUCUCUCCUCCAUUCACAGGUUAUUUUGGAAAUCCUGUAAGUUACACUUCCUGUUCUAGUUUAUUUUUGUUUUUGUUUUUUCCUUUGGCUGAUUCCUGCUGAGUGGGGCCAGUUCCUCAUCAGGCUCAGGGCAGGUGCCGUUCUCAGGCAUGGCCUCCUUUCCAUCUAGCGCAGCAUCUCCGUCUCUGUUCUGUCUCCUCCAAAUCCAAGAUGAUUUUAAUUAGUACAGACAUGUACAGCCUACAAUUAAAGAGUGAUUUGUACUAAUAUGAUUUUGAUUCUUCCUCCUCUUUGCUGUCCUUUCAAGACACUUGCUGGAAAAAGCUUUAAUGCACUUAGUUUUCCUUUAGGUUUUCUAUGACUCAGAUGUAAAGGACUUUCUCUGUACAGUAUAUUAUCCAGUGCAUGUUUGUUCUCUCUCCCAAUAUAUUGAACACCACACAGUUGUGAACUCGUGCAGUGGGGGAGCCCCGCCCCCCACAGAGGCAUCUAGCCCCCUGUGUAUGAGGAAAGACAUUUUCCUUCGCUGUACUUGCUUGAGCAGUUGUGCCGUCUGUACAUGUGAGCUGUGUGAGGUAGAUGUGAAAAGGUAAAUGAAUGCAUUCUGCCCAUGUGUACAGAUCGCCAUCCGUACAAUGAACUGUAUGUAUGAAAGCAAAUGUACUUAUUUAUAAAGGGUAACACUUGGAAAAACA